AUGCGACCAAUUCCAAGCAUUCUAGGUGCUCUCGGAGCAUUUGCGACGCUCUCGGCUGCCGCUCCCCUGGAAUCAACCCUCUAUGGUCCAGGGGCCUCUCACGCCCGGAGCAUGCUGGGCUCCUCUUUUGGCGUGCCUGGGAACCAGACCUUUGACUACGUCGUCAUUGGCGGUGGAACGGCCGGGCUGGCCAUCGCAUCGAGACUGGCGGAGCAGGGCGCAGGUACCGUGGCGGUGAUCGAAGCCGGCGGCUUCUACGAGCUGAACAAUGGCAACCUGAGUCAGAUCCCGGCCAAUGAUGCCUACUAUGUGGGGAAGGAUCUGGACGAUUGGCAGCCCGGGGUAGAUUGGGGAUUUCACACGGUUCCGCAAGCGGGCGCAUACGGACGGGCCAGCCAUUAUGCCCGGGGCAAAUGUCUCGGGGGCAGUUCGGCCAGAAACUACAUGGCGUACCAGCGGGGCACCAAAUCCUCCUACCAGCGCUGGGCCGACAUGGUGGGAGACCAGAGCUAUGCAUGGGAGAACUUCCUGCCCUUCUUCGAAAAAAGCCUGCAUUUCACUCCGGCCAACGAUGCUCUGCGCGGCGCCAACGCCACCGUGCAAUAUGACCCGGCCGUGCUCGGCAAUGGUCAGGGACCGUUGUCGGUGACCUAUUCCCACUACGUGCAGAGCUUCGCCACGUGGGCGCAGAAAGCGUUCCUGGAGAUGGGACUGGCGGUCCGGAAUUGCUUCCAGAGUGGGGAGCUGCUCGGCCAGUCCUUCGGCAUGUACACCAUCAACGCGACGACCAUGCACCGCGAGUCGUCCGAGACCUCCUUCCUGCGGCGCGCGCUCGCGUAUCCCAACUUCAUGGUCUUCCAGUCGACCCUGGCCAAGCGGAUCCUCUUCGAUGGGAAGAAGAGGGCGGUGGCCGUGCAGCUCGACACGCAGGGGUAUCGAUACACCCUCACCGCACGAAAGGAGGUGGUUCUCUCCGCGGGGGCCUUCCAGUCGCCCCAGCUCCUCAUGGUCUCCGGGGUCGGGCCCGCCGCCACGCUCCAGCAACACGGCAUCCCCCUCGUCGCGGACCGCCCCGGGGUCGGCCAGAACCUGCAGGACCACAUCAUCUACGCGCCCUCCUACCGCGUCGACCUGAUCACGCAGUCCGCCCUGCUCAACGCCACCUUCGAAGCCCAGGCCAACCGGGACUACCACGAGCGCGCCGCCGGCAUCUACGCCAACCCGACGUCCGACAUCCUCGCGUGGGAGAAGAUCCCCGAGCCCAAGCGCUCCGCCUGGCUGUCCAACACCACCCGCCGCGCCCUGGCCCAGUACCCCGCCGACUGGCCCGAGAUUGAGUUCCUGACCAUGGGCGGCUUCUUCGGCUACCAGAACAACUACGUCCGCGACAACCCCAGCGACGGCUACAACUACGCGUCGCUGGCGGUGUCGCUGUGCACGCCGCGCUCGCGCGGCAACGUCAGCAUCGCCUCCGCCGACGCCGCCGUCCCGCCGCUCAUCAACCCGAACUGGCUCACGGACCCCGUGGACGUGGAGCUCGCGGUUGCGGCGUUCAAGCGCGCGCGCGACUUCUUCGGGACCAGCGCGCUGAAGCCGGUGCUGAUCGGCGACGAGUAUUUCCCGGGGGAGCGGGUGGCGACGGACGCGCAGAUCGAGGACCAUGUGCGGAAGAGCUUUGAUACGAUCUUCCAUGCGUCGUGUACGUGUGCUAUGGGGAAGAGGGAGGAUCAGAUGGCGGUGGUGGAUUCGAAGGCAAGGGUUAUUGGCGUGGAUGCGCUGCGGGUGGUGGAUGCGUCGGCCUUCCCGAUGCUGCCGCCGGGGCAUCCGCAGUCUACGAUCUAUGCGCUGGCGGAGAAGAUUGCGUGUGAUAUCUCCGGUGCUUGUUGA